GCAGCGGCAGUGGCAGUGGCAGUGGCAGUGGCAGUGUGCGCGGGCGGGGGGCAGUGUGUGCGUGUCGGCGCGGGCCAUGGCGGUGCGCGCGAGCUUCGAGAACAACCAGGAGAUCGGCUGCUUCGCCAAGCUCACCAACGCCUACUGCCUGACGGCCGUGGGCGGCGCCGAGAGCUUCUACAGUGUGUUUGAGGGGGAGCUUUCAGAGACCAUCCCUGUUGUCCAUGCUUCCAUUGCUGGAUGUCGAAUUAUUGGCAGAAUGUGUGUGGGGAACCGGCAUGGACUGUUGGUCCCCAGCAAUACUACAGACCAAGAGCUUCAGCAUAUCCGCAACAGUCUUCCAGACUCCGUACGAAUCCAACGGGUAGAGGAGCGCCUCUCGGCUCUGGGCAAUGUCACCACAUGCAAUGACUAUGUAGCACUUAUUCAUCCAGAUCUUGACAGGGAGACUGAAGAAAUAUUGGCUGAUGUGCUGAAAGUAGAAGUUUUCAGACAGACAGUAGCAGAACAGGUGCUGGUAGGAAGUUACUGUGUUUUCAGUAACCAAGGAGGACUUGUGCACCCUAAGACUUCAGUUGAAGACCAGGAUGAACUCUCUUCACUGCUUCAGGUCCCACUUGUGGCAGGAACAGUAAAUCGUGGCAGCGAGGUCAUUGCAGCGGGGAUGGUUGUGAAUGACUGGUGCGCCUUCUGCGGGCUGGAUACAACCAGCACGGAGCUGUCUGUUAUUGAGAGCAUAUUCAAACUGAACGAAGCUCAGCCAAGUACUAUUGCUACUAGCAUGAGGGAUUCCUUAAUUGACAGUUUGACAUGAAGUGCUGCUCUGACCUCCUGAGAAGCUUCUAGGGGUGAAGUGCAAAGCUGCCGUCUUGAGUUACAGGCCCCUGAACCUUCUGCUGUAACUCCUUCUGGCUGUGAGGAUGCAACAAGCCAACUCUUUUAGUGUUCUGUAAACUAAUUCCUAUCAUAAAAACAAAACACCUGGCAAAUAGCAUGUAAAGUUUUAUACAUGAGAAAAAGUUCCUUGUCCUUCUGCUUUCGUUUUCCAGUCCGCUCGAUAGCUUCAGCACUUCAGGAAUUUUGAGCUUCUCUGAUUAGUGAAGCUGACUUGGGCUCUAACACUAGCUAGAAAUGAUUCUGUUUGUUCCUAUUUUCUUGUGUGGCAUUGACCUUGGGCUAUUUUUUUUUUUUUUUUUUUUUAACCAUGGGAGGAUUUUUCUUAUGUAAAUGGGAAUGGUUUUGUAUCGCAAAAUGCUAUUUCAACCAUUUAAAAUGUGUUUUUAAAAAGCAAUUCCUUUGCUAUUCCUGUUCUUGCUAAAGACCAAGAACAAGUUCAGAUGCACCUAGGACCCUUGCCUUUGUUCUGCCUUUCAUAAAGUGACCUGAUCUUGCCAGUCCUGAAAGCUUAUAGUGAACCUGCUGUUCUUGCCUUGAGCUGAUACACUGCAGGUCUCUUGGGCUAGGGAAAAGAGAGCCUUUCUGAGAUGCGGGUUAGGUACUAGAUCUGCCAAAAAACUUAGUUGUUUCAUAGGAGACAGCUCAUUUAAGCAAUGUAGUUACCAGGACACUGAAAGUAAGGGUUGCCUCUAAAGUUUACUUUCGAGACCCAGUCUCGAAAAGUGACUCAGUUUUAGAUUGCUGCUUAGUUCAGGUGUCAGUGUAAAGAUGGGAGUUCAGCCAAUGAAAAGUAGUAGCCCUUGCCCUGGGACACUUUGAUAAGCAUAGCUAUAGUUGUUCCCUCUCAGUCACUGGAUACACACCACUGCCUACCUUCUCCAGUACUCCUGAAGAUUCUCUUCUGUCUGUUACCUCCCUCCACUACAUAAAGAUAUAAAGAAGUGUCUGCUCCCCAGUGUCAGCACAAGCACCAACUCCUCAUUUAAAGGACUUGCAUCCAGAUCUGUUUGUGGAGUUAGGCUUGGUCUCUACACUUAGUAUGUUGACUACACUGGCUAGGGAUAGAGGCAGGCAUGUGUGCGCACAUACAUGCACACCACCCACCUUGGCUUGGUCCACUGUUGAUAUAAAAUGUUAAAUUUUAAUUAAUUGGUAAAUUUUUCAUACCCUGGGUUUGCAUAUGGUGGCUGGUUCUAGGUCUCUUCACCACUGGAGGAGCCCUUACAGUGAAGGCAGCCUAGGAAGUCACUUGGAAUCACAGCAGCUUUGCAGCACAGAGCUACAUGGAGUGGCAGCUUGGGCAUAUAACAUGGUUUUCUGACAAACUCCCUAACCAUGAGGCUUAUAUUAUAAGGGACUCUGAGCUCUCCAAAGUGAUGCUUAUCCUGGGGUAAUUCCCCUCCGGUUAAUUAACGACUUGUUAUGGACUCUGAGUGCAGUAGACAGAGUACUAGUACAGCCAUUCUCUGUCUUUAAUCCCCAUCUUCCUUUGUUUUUGUUAGGGGUGUCAAUGCUUAAGGCUACAUGCUGUUGCCAUUUUUGUCAGUGGGUGAAGUACUACUUGAUAUAACACUAAGGAGAGCAGAGUUCAGCACUUGCCGUGGGGGUUGAAAGGCAUGUAGCACAACACAGGCAUCAUGUUCUAUGAAGUGAUUGGCUAAUUAGAUUUUUCUGUACCAUCUUUGAGGUACAGAAAAGAGGCAGCUUUUGGAACUGCCUCUUACCCCAUUCUUUGGAUAGACUAUCCAAGACUAGAUGUUGUCCUCAAGGUGAAAAAGAUAAGAAAUCUAGGAAGGGAGAAAGCUAAAUGCAGAUUACUCUAAUAAGCUACCUAUACUGAAUUGGGUACUUUCUGGGGAGAAGAGUUGGCCAGCAAAGCUGCAUUUUUUUCAGCCUCGUAUCAUGCUGCAUAUUUUGAAGAGCAAUGAACCUUUUUACCAUACCCACCAUCUGCAAUUCCAAGGGGUAGUGACAUAUUAAGACUGAGUCUCUCACAAUGACUUGAGGCAAGGGGGAGAGAUCUACUUGCAGGCUUGGCCUCCUCCCACUCCCAAAUGUAUUCGCCACCAGCUGGAAAACACCUCACAGGACCCCUUGACUUCUUCUUUCUCAUGAGCAUUUUGAUUGAAGGAAAUGUCUGUGCCCUCCAGACCAAUGCAUGUCUGUGAUGUGUGUGCUGGCUGUGAGGGUAAGGGGUGAUUUCAUGUAAUUUUUCUUGGCUACUUUUCAACAGUUUCUUGCUGCAGACAGAUUUAUAUUAGGGGUUUCUCUCCCUUUUUUAUUUAAAUCCUGGAAUAAUACCUCCUCAGAACUAGCAACUUUCUUUGAUAUACUUGUACAUCACUUUACUUUCCUGUUGUCAAAGCCCUGUGCUCUUACCCCAGCUUUGUACAUAUCCUCUUGUGCAUGCCUUCUGUAACUUAGCUUUGGGGCUUAGACUUUUUGGGCCAGCCCCUCUGACAGUAGGGGGUAUCCUUGGUUCCAGAACUCUGUGGCAGGAUGACUUAUGCAUUCAAUGAUGGACUUGCAGGAGCAUCCUGUUCAUAGGCCAAAUUCUUAAUGAAACAAGCUAUAUUGAAAAUCAGAAAGUAAUUAAGCAUCAAAAUAAAGACCUUUAUUUAAAGUUUGCUGGGAAAUAUCUCACAGGUUGUUCUGUUUUAGUUAUGAGAAUAGCUCACGAGAGAAAUAUCUCCUACUUUUUGCAGUUAGCUCAGUGUGUUUCUGUUGCUAUUUUCUAGCUUUAUCCAUCUUUUGUUUCUGGCUAUGAUGGGAUGUUUUUAUUUUCCUUUGCCUCAAUUGACUUCACCCAGGUCUGGAGCUGACAGGCAAAUGACUGGUCCUGUGUUCACCAAUAGGGAUUCCUCCUUCAUUUCCUAUCCCAGACUGCAUUGAAUUUUUGGCUUUGAUGGGGUCUUUAAAACAUUCUGUGACUCAGUUUAAUAAAUAGGAAAACCGUU